AGACCAAGAGCUCUUAAGGUUGCAUUGCACUUUUCGUAGGCAAACGGAUCUCUUUACUUUUAUCCUGAAUGAUUUAACUUUGAAAUGGAAAAUGAUGAUCGCCACGUGCAUGUGGAAGCAGCCAUACAAGGGUCCGUUGAUCUAGUGUCUUUCCCUACAAAGGUUUCAUCUGGCAUGGUUAAUUCUCAUAAUGAUAAGGUUCAACAUGCACUAUAUCUUUUUGAGUCCCUUCGCAAAGCUGUCGACCCCACAUCUCCUGUGCUCUCUUCUACGCCCAGGAAAUCAUCGCCGUCGGUGCUUUCAUUCGCGAAUCUGAACGUCAGCAAAUCCAUCGACAUCGACGACCGAAUCAAGAAGAUGACGUCCCCAAGGGAAGCCGCCGACCUUACAGCUAAGGAGCUGAAGAGUAGACUGCUGACAGCGGAAGCAACGAUGAGAAUUCUAUAUCGCCAAAAUCAGGAGCUGCGAGACCGCCUCGCUAAUGUCAUGGGUAAGGUGGGGAACACGGCAAAUUUCUCUACGCAGCAUCUCCCCAUUCGCAGCGAGAAUGAGGCUGCUACCCUAGCCACCUCCGGGACAAAGAGUUCUGUUAGUUAUCUCUCCAUUAGCAAUCAAGGUCCGUGCGCAAAAGACAAGAAAAGGGAUGCUUUAAGUUCCCAGCUUGGCGACCACACUGAUGCGGUGCCGGGGCAGCUCCUCGGAAGCGCAAUGGUGAGGCGAGGUCAAGAAGGGGCAAUGCAGCUGACCCCUUUUUUCAACCUCCCGCGUACUACGGUGGUGUCGUCGCCAUCGACGACUCAGGGGUUCACUCCUUCCCUAAUUAGAGAUCCUACUGGUGAGUUGGUCCACGCAGAGGUUAGAAGGCAAUUUACUGCACUAGGGAAGCAACUUGUUGAACAGCAGAUACAACAUGAUGUCGAGCUUUCACACAUGAAUGAACAGUUGUAUCUCAUGGAGCGAAAGAGAGAAAUACGGUACAUUGGAAGGUAGCUUUUAUCGAACCCCUUUGAUUUGUAGGGGGAUGAGGGAGUCUGUUUCAUUCAUGUUGCUGCUACUAUUGAUCUAUUUAUUACUCUUCUUAAAAAUUAUUUGUUAAAAACAAAAGGGAAUCACUGCACAUCAUACUGUUUUGUACUAUGCGAUUCACCGACUUAA